AUGGCCGGUGAUCGUCAAAUUUUCACUGAUAGCCAUGCUAAAUCUAUUCUUACUAGUAUGAAUAAUUUAAGAAAAAUAAAUACUUUAUGUGACGUGACAUUGAUAGUACAGAAUCAGUGUUUUUCAGCCCACAGAAUAGUUCUAGCAGCUUGUAGUGACUAUUUUUGUGCUAUGUUUACCAAUAAAAUGAAAGAAAGAGAUAAGUCUAUAAUAGAACUACAUGAUAUAUCAGCUCCUGUUUUAGAAGUUUUAUUAGAUUUUGUUUAUACUGAAACAGUUAAUGUUAGUGUCGAAAAUGUUCAAGAAUUACUUCCAGCAGCUUGUCUUCUUCAACUUACAGGUGUUAAAGAAGCUUGUUGUACAUUCCUAGAGAAACAGUUAGAUUCAAGUAACUGUCUUGGUAUUAAAAUCUUUUCUGAAAGUCAUUCAUGUGAUUCAUUAUGCCAAGCAGCUGAGUCUUACAGUCUACGCCAUUUUGAAGAUGUGGUUACUCAAGAUGAAUUUAAAAGCCUGUCAAUUGAUGAAUUAGAAAGAUUAAUUAGUAGUGAUGAGCUACAGGUCAAUAGUGAAGAACCUGUCUUUGAGGCCGUGAUUACUUGGGUAAAAUUCAAUGAGGUAGAAAGGGUUCCUUACCUAUCCAACCUAUUACAAUUUGUACGAUUACCAUUACUGUCAGCUAGAUAUAUUACUGAUUAUAUAGAUAAUGAGGCUUUAGUGAAGUCAUGUCAUAAAUGCAGAGAUUUAGUGGAUGAGGCCAAAAAGUUUCAUCUGAGACCAGAUUUACGUGGACAAAUGAAUGGACCAAGAAUGAAAACCAGAAUAGGUACUGAUGAUAUAUUAGUUGUUGUUGGGGGCUUCGGUUCACACCAGAAUCUAGUUGAUACUGUGGAACAGUAUAAUCCAAGAACUCAAUCUUGGAGCAGACUGCCUGAUUUAACCAAGAGAAGACGGUAUGUGUCAUCAGCCUCAGUAAAUGGUUGUGUCUAUAUAUUUGGAGGUUAUGAUGGUCAAUCUAGAUUGAAUACAGUAGAAUGUCUAGACAUCUCAGAUGAGAAGCCUAUGUGGGUGACUGUAACCAAUAUGAAUCACAGAAGGGGUUUGGCUGGUGUUUGUGUGUAUAGAGAUCAUAUCUAUGUAUGUGGUGGUUUCGAUGGAUAUUCUCGUCAUACCAGUAUGGAGAGAUAUAAUCCAGCAACAAACCAGUGGACAAUGUUAAGUGGUAUGGCUAAAGGUAGAGAAGGAGCAGGACUGGUAGAAGCUGGUGAUAUGAUCUACUGUAUUGGAGGAUAUGAUGGCAUUCAUUUAUUACAUUCAGCUGAAAGAUAUGAUCCACAAACAGAACAAUGGUCUACAAUAUCUCCAAUGUCUACACAACGAUCUGGUGCUGGUGUUUCUGUUGUGAAUGAUAUUAUUUAUGUUUGUGGUGGCUAUGAUGGUAAUGAACACCUGUCAACAGUUGAAUGUUAUAAUACGAACACUGGACAUUGGACAUCAUUACAGCACAUGAUAGUACCAAGAUGCUAUGUUGGAGCGUGUGUUUUGCAGGGAAAUCUGAUGGUUGUUGCUGGAUAUGAUGGCAAUCUGUUAUUAAAUUCUGUAGAACUGUAUAAUCCAUUGAUUGAAACCUGGGAGGUUUUAGAUGGUAGUAUGGCUACACCAAGAUGUGAUGCUGGAGUGUGUGUGGUCCGUGUACCAUAA